AUGGAAAAUCCAAUUAUGGAGAAAGUUGUAAAAUUAUACAAUGAAAAUAAAUGGCGAGACAUUAUUGAACUGUUGAAUAAUUGUGACAUUGAAAAUAGUCGUCAAUUACUUUGGGUAUCACCGAAUUUCAAGAAUUUGUCGUGGAUUAAAAAUAUAAUUAAUGAAACAAAUUUAAAAGGAAUUGUCAGUGUCGGUUGUGGCUCUGGUUUACUCGAAUGGUUAAUUCAACAAAAUUGUGAUUGCGAUGUUCAUGGUGUUGAAAUCGAUAAAUCGUGGUGGUGCUGCAAAUAUUCACCUCCAAUAUUUCUAAAAAAAAUUACAUUCGUAAGCGAUACGGAGAGUACUGUUUCAAUUGAGAAAAAUUAUGCUUUACUAUUUUGUUAUUUUAAUAAUGAACCAGUGUUUUUGAAUUAUUUACGUGAAUUUAACGGGAAUGUUAUUUUUGUUAUUGGUCCGGAUGAGGGGCAAAAUCGUUACACAAUGCCUUUGCCGUUCGAUAAGAAAUUUACUGAGUACGGUUGGCACUUGAGUAAAUCGCAAGAAAUCUCAUUUUCUAAAGACUUUAUAUGUAUGUAUGUUAGAUAGUUGCAAUUUUCCUUUUUUUGUUUAUAAAUUCUGUAAUUAAAAUCUUACCUUUCUGAUUUUUUA